AUGUCGCACGCACCAGUCUUGAGCUCUUCACCGAGGCUUCCGAACGAUGUGAUGGUUUAUAUUGUUGGCUACCUGGACCACGACGCAUUGGCACAGAUGCGACUUUGUUCCAGAUGGCUCGCGAAAGAAGCUACCCGACAUCUGUUUGCGGAAGUCUCGUUCCACAUGCGCGCGGAGAGCAUGGAGCGCGUCAUUGGAAUAGCCAACAGUAGCAUGACUGCGGACGCCGUCAAGACGCUUAAGCUUUUCGAGACUCCGAUGUUGGCCAGGCUGUCUGAGGAAAGUUGGUAUAAUGAAAUGGGGUGCGACUGGGACUGGGACUCGGACGAAGGUGAAGACAGCCACUAUGAUGACCCGGCCAACUGGAACGAGGAGAGAGAGCAGAAGAGAAAGGAAGCCCACCUGCUCUUCCAGGAAUACGAAGCCCAGCGCGAGGAACGAACUCUCUACGAGUGCUUGCACGCACAGGACGCACGUCUCUUGCUAAGCGUUUUCACAAAAUCCUUCACAAAAUUCGGACUGGAUCAGGAGCACCCUUGCAGGAUAACUAUGAGUACCUUGGCAUUACAAAUUUGGCGUCUCCAGAAAGCUUGUGUCGACCUUGAGAAGGCGCUGCUCAAGCUGCGUAAUCUAAAGGAAGUCCAAGCCUGUUUCACAAGAAACGAAGGGUUCUGCUUGUUUAAUUGGCGAAACCACGAGUUUUUUGAUAUUGAUAUUUGCUAUGACGAAUUCUAUGGGCUGAACAGAGACUACGCUGUUAAGCGGGAGGCGGCCCCUCUUGCUUUCCUCUUCCGGGCUCUGGGCAAACGCAACUCGUCUAGCAAUAGCCUGACUUCAUUAAGGCUAGAUUUAAGAAUGGACGGUUGGUGGGGCCUGCAAGAUCUUCUUACCACCUGGACAAAGAAAGGGAACGGAAAGAAAGAAGAAGACGAAGAGGACGAAGAGGACGAAGAGGACGAAGAGGACGAAGAGGAGGGAGAGGACAGAAAGAAAGAAGAGGACAGAAAGAAAGAAGAGGACAGAAAGAAAGAAGAGGACAGAAAGGAAGAAGAGGUGCACCUCAUUUCGACUAGGGAUAACACCUUUACGAUGGAGGCCUUCUACCACCUCACAGAUGUCCACAUCCGAUUUACCGAGAGGGAUGACAUGACAGCAUUCCUCAACUCGCUGGCAAUGUUUUUAUCGGAAGCGAAGAAGCUUCGUCGUCUGGAGCUAAAGUCCGAUAUCCUAAGUAAUCGGUGGCAUGGCCUUGACAUGCUUUGUGGGAUUAAUAAGCACUUCCAAUGGCCAAUGCUUAGCCACCUCAGCUUGCAAGGAUUCGAGUUCCCGGGAUCAUCAAUCCUCCAGACGUUUUCCUCUGCCGCACCGACAUUACAGUCUUUUUCCCUGCGAAACUGUAUUCUGCGUGGUGGCGAAACGCGAUGGUCGCAGCUUUUCGAGGACAUGAGGCGGAUUCCUUUCCAAAAUUUGCACCGUUCCGAGUUUCGGAUCUGUGAACAAGACAUUGUGCGCCAGGAUGUUCUCAACACUGAGCCUCAGCCCUGGUCUUAUCAAGAAUUGGACGCUCGCUCUAUAGUUCUGAUCCGCAUGCAGAAAGAGGGUGAACAGUAUCUAAUGGGCUACUCAUCUCUUAUAUACGACUAUAUCUUGAAGAGAACAGACGUCAUGCCGCCAAUCAACUUAUUCUCCACGUCCGCUACAGACUCAGGAUCACUUUGGGCAGAAUAA